AUGAAAGCAACCAAUGCGGCCACAGACGAAAUCAUAGGUUUUAUCUGUUGGACCAUCGAGUAUGCAGAUAACGAAAAGUCUAUUUCCGGAGAGAAUUUGCCAGACCUUAAUGCUACGGCUUCCCAGCGACCCAAUUACCUCGAUAUGGAUUUCAUCAAGUUCUACGCCGAGAAACUAGAAGUCGAGGUCUUGAGGAAUAAUCUCAUGAAAGGACAUACACACUACUAUGCCAAUCACUUCGCCGUCGCGCCAAAAUAUUGGAGCCAAGGAGUGGGAACCUAA